AUGCCCACCCCCGAAAUCUCCAUCCCAACCACCUCCCUCUCUCCAACAUCCCCCCCCUACACCCUGUACAACAUCACCCUCCGUCUCCCCCUCCGCUCCUUCACCCUCUCCAAACGCUACUCCGACUUCUCCUCCUUCCACACAGCACUUACCUCCCAAACAACAUCCCCACCACCAUCCCCGCUCCCCCCGAAAUCCUGGUUCGCAAACACUGUCUCCAACGCAUCCCUCCGCGAACAACGCCGCGCAGGUCUCGAAUCUUACCUCCGCGCUAUAAACAAUGACGCUGAUCCCCAGUGGCGUAACUCUAGCGCCUGGCGCGCGUUCUUGAAUCUUCCGAAUACCGCGUCUGGUGCGGCGGGUGCAAAAGACAACGGUUCGCAUACGACUGCACGGCUCCAUGCGGCGAUUACAGAUCCAGCGGCUGCGUCGGGGCCCGGCGGGAGCGGAAAAGCAAUUACCGAUCCUACGCUGUGGCUGGAUUGUUUCAGGGAUAUGAAGGCUCAUUUACAUGAUGCGCGACUACAGCUCACGAGACGGGACCAGGAGACCACGCCGCAGAAGCAACAUGAGAGUUCGGCGAUGGCGAAGAGCGCUCUUGUACGUGCAGGAUCUCUAAUCGCUGCGCUAGAAGAAGGGUUGAAGAAUCUAAGUGAUAUUUCGUCGUCGAAGGGGAAGAACGGGGGUGGUGAUAGUCGGAGUCAGAGCCGGGAGCGAAGCGGGAAUGGAUGGGGUGAUGGGGUUGUUCUUGGUGAAGGGGAGCUGCGGCGACGGAGGGAUUUACUUGUAAAUGCGCGGAAGGAGAAGGAUGGGUUGGAGGAUUUGUUGAAUGCGAUUGCUGCGAAGGGAAGGAUUGAUAAUGCUGUUGCGUCGCUUGAGGAUAAAGAAGCGCUUGUUGGUGGUGCGGGUGCUCGCAAGCCAGCUCGUUCUGGGAGAGUUCUCGGGAAAGAGACGGAAAGGACGCGUGAGUUAGAUAACCAGGGUGUGUUGCAGUUGCAGAGGGAGACGAUGCAGGAUCAGGAUGUGGGGCUGGAGGAGUUGAGGAAGAUUGUGGCGAGGCAGAAGGAGUUGGGGAUUGCGAUUAAUGGGGAGUUGCAGGUUCAGAAUGAUCUGCUGAGGCUGGCGGAUGAGGAUACUGAUCGGUUACAAGGCAAACUCGAUAUUUCCAAGAGGAGGUUGGGGAAGAUCUCUUGA